AAGACGACGAAUAGCAGCAGAAACAGAACAACCGGCUAGCAACCAUCUAUCAGCGGUGUGUGAUCAGUUAUUCAAGGACCAGCCAACCGUAGGGACUGCGAGUUCGGUUGAAUUAGUAUCCACACGUGUGUGACAGUUUCGUACCACGGAUUCGUUUGGUUUGGUGUCCGUCUUCGGGGCAGAAGAACCGCCGUCUAGCCGUAAGGAAAAAAAAUCAAUAUUCUCUGCGGUCGAUUGUAUUCCAGUGAAAUUAAAAACACUGCCGGUCUCCCCCCGAUUUUGACAGUCAGUUCAGUGGUGCGAGGAGAAUUGCAUUGGCGAAAGUAAAAGAAAAAAAGGAAAGAAAGACUCCGUUCAGUUGAGAAGGUGUUGUUCGGAAGAGGGGCUCGAGUUGCCUGUAGAAGGUUCUCGCCGUGUAGUUUGUUCGUGCGAAGAAGAACCGGCCCCGGUCUGAAACGAGAGCAAAAGUUGGCCGGAUCGAGAGACAGAGCCUCCGACUGAACAGCAUAAUAGCUAUUAUUGGCAGAAAAAAGGGCUGGUGGUUGGAAGGUGUGUGUGUAUCGCAGUGGUGGUGAAUAUGCAUAUGUAUACAUAUAGUGUAGUGGUGUAGUAACUGGCCAGACAUACCUUACGGCAACGAACCGAGGGGGGCUUGUGCAGUGCUACGACCAAUAUCCACGGGGCGAAGCAGACGAAAGAGACUGAGCAAGAGAAGGAGAGAGAAAGAGCGACGGGACCGACUGAAGGGAGAAUUCCUCUAAUCUUCGGACCCACCCGCCCCAAAAGGUUUCAUGAAAACACCCGACACACCGAAACGCGUCGGUUGUGUCCCCUAUAGAGAAGAAUCAGACAGCACUGGUUCGUCGAAUGCAUGUCGACAUCGACAUUUGUAAACGUCGUACUAUCCGUUAAGCAAUAGAGUGAAAAUAUUAGGUGUAUCAAAAACAGUAAAACAGAACGUUUUAUAACAAGACCGUGGGGACGCGCAUUGUAGAAAAUUGAGCCGUCGCGAGCAUAACAAAAACAUACACUAGACUAAACCAAUCAAAAUAAUCGACACGUAGAGGAAGGAGUUUCGUAUUAGCUAAUUUCGACCGUAAAUCUUAAGCUCGCAAACCAUCAAUUUUCAUGGAAUAAUUACCCAUUUUUCCCUUCGAAUAAAAAAAACAAUACACACAUCAAUCGCGUCGCAAGGACUCUCUCAUGACUGCGCAACUAUUUUGUAACGAAUAAAACAAAAUCAAAAAACUCAAUCUUUAGGCAAAAUUUUCAAACCGAACUUAGUCAAAUUUAAAACAAAACCAAAAUUUCUUCAUGGAGGAAGCAAAAUACCUACCGCUAAGCAGUAAACCAACCGAAUUAGAUAUCAUUUUUUUCGCGUAAAAUAAAAAUAAUAAACAAACAAAAAAGUAACGCACAUAAACACGGCAGACGGUGAGAAAAAAAAACGUAUGAAAGUGGAGGGAAGAGCUUCCAAACAACAAGACAGACAACUUUAAAUUAAAACAGUAAUACGGAGAAAAACAGGAAAACAAUUUGCCCUUCUAAAUCUAGUGGAAUUCUCCUCGAGUGUCGAAGUACGCAGCCGGAGGAAGUGGUCGGAGUUCGUCCCCGGAAUCUAGUAGAAUCAACGGAGGAAGAAACGUGUAUAUUCUAGUGAAAUAUCGUUAUUGCUAAAAUAAUAUAACAACCAAAAAAAAACGAAAUAAAAAAAAUCGGAUCGGAUAAUCAAAAUUUGUUACACAAACCCACGUACUGCAAUUCGGAAAACACACACUUCCAACAAACCAACAAAAAAAAUAAAAUCCAAAAAUUCCACACAUCCCACAACAGCACAAAAAAAUGUCCUCUGCCAGUAUGGAUGAAUUCUCUCUUGCAUUUGAUGAUAACCGACAGAGUGCGACCGCGACGCUGCUACCCCCGGGGACGACCACGCUGGCCCAGCUGACGUCCCACUUCGAGGAUCUGCAUCUGGGCGUCGGCGGUGGCAGUCUUAGUCCCGGUGGAGGAGGUGGAGGCGGCGGCGGAGGAGGUGGCGGUGGUGGUCCAUUGAGCCUAGGCAGUGUGGAUUCAAGCUCGGCCGCCGUUGUGGAUGAACUGAUUCAGCAGAACUCGAAAGUGUUCGAUACGUUCGUAGCGAUGAUCAACGGACUGACACCGAAGGUCGAGGAACGACCGGUGAAGUACAAGUCACACACGGAGUGCGUUCCGGUACCAUCUUCGGAGCAUGUGGCGGAGAUUGUGGGUCGACAGGGGUGCAAGAUUAAGGCCCUUCGGGCGAAGACGAACACAUUCAUAAAAACGCCGAUUCGUGGGGAGGAACCGAUCUUUGUUAUUACCGGCACGAAGGAGGAUGUGACCCGGGCGAAGCAGGAAAUUCUAUCGGCAGCCGAUCACUUCAGUACGUUGCGUUCGUCGAAGAAGCAGGCGAUGGCCCUGCUGGCAGAGAGUCGAAACAUGCUGGGGUACAGCACCCCGGAUGAGAUAACGAUCCAGAUUCGGGUACCGCAGAAGGUGGUCGGAUUGGUGGUGGGACCGAAGGGUGCAACCAUCAAAAACAUUCAGCUCAAAACCAACACGUAUAUCAUAACUCCAAAGCGAAACCAGGAGUCGGUGUUCGAGAUUACCGGCUUGCCGACGAAUGUGCACACGGCACGACAGCUAAUCGAGGAACAUAUUGCGACUAGGGCCGGAACGUCGGCCACUAGUUCCAGCGCAAGUUCAAGCAGCAGCAGCAGUUCCAGCUCGAGCAGUUCGAGCAGCAGCAGUUCCAGCAGUGGUGGUAGCAAUCCUACCACAUCACCCCAGAGCACACUGACCAACGGCCAUCAUGAUCUACUGCAGCAUCACGGUGGUGGUGGCGGAGGCGGCGGUGGUGGUGCUAAUCUGCAUGGUUUGCAUGGUCAUCACGGUGGACUUCCAGCGGAUUUCGACACCAAUCAGUUCAUCAUCGACAACCUGCUGGAGUACUUCAAUAACAUGAGCUCGGCGUACAAUUCGCCGACGACGCCUCCCGCUGGUGGCAAUGGUGCUAACCAGCACCAUCAGCAUCAUCAUCAACAGCAGCAGCAACAUCACCAUCAGCAGCAUCAUCAUUCGCAUCUAUCCGGCCUUGGGGGAGGCCUCGGCAACGGUGGUGGUAGCAACAGUAGCAGCAACGGCGGUGGCGGCGGCGGUGGGCUCAUCGAAACCGUUCCGGAUUUCCGAAACAUUUGGGAGAAUCUGAGCGAAAGUCAGGGAUCCGGGAUUGGGACGGAUACGGAUAACUCGUCUCUCAUCUGGACGCUACCGUCGUCGUCUCGGAAUUCGGUGUCCUACUCGCCGGAUGAUUUCAUCUUUCAGCGAUAAGCAGGGUCAGCGCUUGGGAAGUGCAAGCGAGUGCGUUGAUGAGAGCCCCCCACAUUUCCCCCCCGUAACCUAAAACCAUCACCUAUUAUUACUAUUAUCGCCUCAUUAUUUACUUAGUAGUGGACUUAAUGUGUUUUUAUUUUUAGUUAUAUUUUUUUGAUGAUUAUAUAUUUUCUCUCGGAUUAUUAUGGCCAUGCAAGCAAACAGGUGGCAGCAGUGCGCGAAACUAGAAUCCUCUAAACGAAUUUUAUAUCAGUAGACGCUAGAUGAGGACUACACAUGUAUGGCAAGAGGGAAGGAUAAGCGCAGUAAGAUGACGACGGAAAUGGUCAGGUGGUGUAAAAGAAGAGAGAUGCAAAAGUGAGAGAACAAAAAUGUAAAGGUUCUAAAACAAUCAACGGUAAAUACUAAACGAAAGAAGGUAAAUGAAAA